CAGCGAGAACAAAACAGUCACCACUCUCCACGCUAUCAAAAUUCUCAUGAGUCAUGAGCAGCCCCGCCUCCUUUAUUCAGCUGUUCUAUGUGGCAAGGUGUACGUGUCAGCAAUCACAGGAAAGCUUGGCUUCUGAUUGUAAACAUUCAAUCAUUUGCUGCAAGCCUGAGUUGCUAUGGACUAGGUAUAGAGUUGCCAGUGUAAUGAAAUGUGUAAUGUCUAUGCUGCAUGCAUGGUAUACAAGUAAUCUCUCUGCAGGAUGCCUAGGUACAUGUACAGAAGGCGAUUCAUUGUUCUCAUCGGAAUACUGGUGUUGACUAUUGUAACGAGUUAUAGGCAACUUAUCGGAACAAACGUCAAGUUCAGUCUACGACAUGCUAUGAGCAUUGAUUCAAGUGUAAGUCUUGUACUAAGCAGUAUAGACUUCUCAAAGAAAGAGCCGCAUUCACUGGAGAGAGAUAAGAGUGCUGUUGAAAUUGUGGCAAUCCAUGGUGUGGAUGAGAUUGCGACAGUCGAUACAACAGAUGCAAAUGAACCAUUUAUUUCACAAGAGAAUUUCAACAAUCAGUACCAUUCUGUUGGUGGAGAAGAUAGUGGGGAAAAUUCAGAAGGGAGGAUAGAGGUGAGCAUUAUAGGUGGGGGAAAAAGAAGCAUUCCUUCUGAACAGACGAGCCAUGACAAUUUGAGUGAUAACUAUGAUGGUGGUUCUCUUAUGCCUCAACAGAACCACAGUGACAAUAUCAGUCUAACCCCAUGCUUGAAGGCUGCGAAAAGUAGGCACACCAAUGUUAAUUAUAACACCUUCAAAAAAUCACUUCAGACGUAUGCACUAUUUCACAGCCAGCAGAUAGAAAAAAUAAAGAGUGGAGAUUCAAACAUAAGAACAUUAAGUUACGUGUGCAACAAUCCUGUUCAAUGUCGUGGUAUCGGGGACCAGUUUUAUCAGAUACAGCAAGUUCUACUAUUAGCUAUAGCAUCGAACAGAGUGCUGUUUUUGGACUGGGAUGAAAUUAGUAUGAAAACGUUUCGUCAUCUUGCUCCAAAUCAAAUUCAAUGGAAUUUCAAGCAAAAAAUUAUAAACGCCAAACAUGUUAUAAAGAAUAUUAAUGGAAUGAAAAAGUGUGUUCAGUUUAUGAAUGAUGUAAACAGUGAUGAUCAGCAACACAUUAUAAUUAGCACUGCAUUACGUGUACCCUUUACUAAAGGCCUAACUCAACUGUUUCGUUGUGACGAGCACAAUAUCCUCUCCAGACUUUCAUUGGUAAAAAUACUUGGUAAUAUUUCAGAAGAGCACAAAGUGCCUCAUUCUUUUCAAGGUGAAUUAAUACGAUAUUUAUUCAGUUUCUCACAAGAUGUUUUAAGAAAAGUGAACGAAGCUCAGAAAAGCAUGAGCAUUUUUAAUGUAUCCUAUAUCGGCGUUCAUAUUCGAACCGGAUUUUAUGGAACUCAAUAUCAAGAAAAUUUAGGUAUAGAUCCACGUAUCUUUAAGAUGAAGAUAUUUCGAAAGGAAGACACAUGGUACAGUACGCUAAACUGCUCAUUACGUUUGUCAGACAAGUCUCCUGAUAAAAUUCCUCUAUAUUUAGCAACAGAUUCCUAUCAGGUCAAACAGUUAGCAACCAAACAAUAUGGCAAUCGAGUAAAGUCUUUAAACAUGACACUACAACACGUGGCCAUUCCAUUCAAGGAGGGAGCUAGUGAUGUGAGUACACUGUCUGGUGUUGAUGGUUUCAUGGCUACGUGGAUUGAUUUUCUGCUACUGGCAAGAUCAGAGGUGCUCGUGCAUUCAGUAAGUGGGUUUUCCACUAUAGCUGGUAUGUUUUGCCCAGUAUCAAGACAAUACUACAUACCAAAGUGUUCCAAAACACCAUCACAGGACAAAUAAUGCACACAUCCGUGCUACCCAGUUUUACGUUAUGAUUAUGAAUCGUAGUCUUUCGGUGAAUUAUUGUUUCCAUGUGACUAACAAUGGAGGAGUAAAAAAGGGUGCAUAUAUAAUGACGCUCCUAAAAAAAUAUAGGCCGGUGGCAUAAGGCAGUGAGAACAAAACAGUCACCACUCUCUCCACACUAUUUGACAUUACAUGCACGCUGGCUUCAUUCAGUUACUGUAAUGGCCCACCAUCAU